GAAAGUGAACACAGACUUGACACGAUGUUGAAACGCCUUCUUUUCAGUAAUAACAUCAGACGACAACUUGGCAUCAGGAUGGCAUCAACUUCAUCUCAGAAAUUAGCAGGAAAAGUCGCCAUUGUAACAGCGUCUACAGACGGGAUAGGCUACGCCAUCGCUGAAAGGCUUGGACAGGAUGGAGCAAAAGUGGUGGUUAGCAGCAGGAAACAGAAAAAUGUAGAUACAGCAAUAGAAAAAUUAAGGGCCAAAAAUCUUGAUGUGUAUGGUACAGUAUGCCAUGUAGGGAAAAAGGAAGAUAGAGCCAGUCUUAUCAAACAGACCCUGGACCAGUACGGUGGAAUUGAUAUUGUGGUGUCUAAUGCAGCUGUAAACCCAUUCUUCGGUCCAACGUUAGAUUGCUCAGAAGAACAAUGGGAUAAGAUAUUUGAUUUGAAUGUAAAGGCAACAUUUAUGAUGAUCAAGGAGACAGUUCCCCAUAUACAAACCAGAGGUGGAGGGUCCAUUGUGGUAGUGUCGUCCAUUGCUGGUUUUAAUCCUAUUCCGAUGCUGGGACCUUAUUCCGUCAGUAAGACAGCUUUACUUGGACUGAUCAAGGCACUGGUUCCUCAGCUGGCCUCCAUGAAUAUCCGCAUCAAUGGACUUGCUCCUGGAAUCAUCGACACUAACUUCAGCCAAGCACUGACAAGCACUGAAGAAAUUGCCAAACCUAUUUUAUCGAAUGUACCUUUAAAUAGGUUUGGACAGCCCCAUGAGUGUGCUGGUAUUGUGUCAUUUCUAUCGUCCGAUGAUGCGGCUUAUAUAACAGGAGAGACUGUGAUGGUCACUGGUGGAAUUCCAGCUAGACUUUAGAGGAGCUGUGAUAAAAUUAUCAAAACUCUUGAGUGACUGUAAACAGAGACCUGUGAAAAGAGACAUGUAAACAGAGACCUGUAAACAGAGACAGAGACCUGUAUACAGAGACCUGUAAACAGAGACCUGUAUAUAGAGACCUGUAUACAGAGACCUGUAAACAGAGACCUGUAAGCAGAGAACUGUAUAUAGAGACAUGUAUACAGAGACAGACCUGUAAACAGAGACCUGUAAACAGAGACCUGUAUAUAGAGACCUGUAUACAGAGACCUGUAAACAGAGACCUGUAAACAAAGACCUGUAUAUAGAGACCUGUAUACAGAGACCUGUAUAUAGAGACCUGUAAACAGAGACCUGUAAACAAAGACCUGUAUAUAGAGACCUGUAUACAGACACCUGUAGAGACCUGUAUACAGACACCUGUAAACAGAGACCUGUAUACAGAGACCUGUAAACAGAGAUCUGUAUAUACUGUUAUUUAGGAGUAAUUAUGAGAAAAUUUGUUUUGGAAUGAGAAUAUAAUGACUGUUUGUUAAAGUGUUCACUCUAAUGUAAAAACUAUAGAUUGAAUUAGAUACUAGUUUUAUCGGUAUUAUUGAUGUAUUGUAAAUGCAUGAGGUGUUUGGUAGAUAACAGGAAUUCGUGAUAUUUCUAACUCAUAUUCGUGUAAUUUGUUCAUUCAUAAUAUAUAUUGAACAGUAUGAUUUAUAUAUAGAUAUAGAUGAUUAUUGAUUGUCAAUUAUGAUAUGUUUUUGAUACUUGAAAAUUGAUAAUUAUGAUGUUUUUAUAUUAAAUAUUUUGAUAGAUCA